AUAGUCAUUGCAUAGCGUUAUCUACAAAGCGUUUACGAGAAUAAAAAUUCAUAAAAAAUGAAUGGAUCUACAGUUCAGUCGUGGAUCAACCACCCAGGGGUUAUUGAUACAAGACACUCGCUCGAGAUUCCUUACAGAAUGGAACAGUUUGCUGCGCUGAUGUGGAGACUUCCAGAAAAAGAUACAACAGUAAAUGGAGAUAGAUUAACAAUGCUUGAUGGUGGAAGGUACCCGUUUCCUGCAGUGAUGUUCAUCGGACCAGCAGGGGAGGCCAGGUUUCAUGCCGGGGCAUCUUGGGAUGAACUUGGAGGAGCCCAGGUUGAGCCUGCACCUCCAUCUGUGCCGGGCACAGAUACCAUUGACGAUAUUUUGCAACGAAACCCUAGCAUACCAGACGAGAGCGAGGUGAAGAAUUGGCGGGAAAAGUUCGUACCAGUCCUUGACAUGGAGGAUGAGAAUCCGUCCUUUUCGCCUUUACUCUCAAUGGCAUAUGGUGGUGUUGGCGGUGAAGUGAGGGAAUUUGUUGACACUAGCGGAGCAGACGAUGACGAAGACAAUGAGGAUUUUUUAGUCGAAGAAUACUUUCUUGAGGAAAAAGUCAAAUGA